UAUUUCAUAAUCUCCCUUUUCCAAAGCCCUGGUCUCUAACGCAUAGAUAUAUAGACACAUUCAAUUAAUUGAGAAGUAUAUCAACUUAUGUCAGAUAAGGCUGAACGUGAAGAAUAUGAAGCUUUGACAGCUACAUUAACGUCAUUCUAUAAUUUUUAUAAUUAUCAAACUCAACAGAUCCUAACUCCCAAAACCAUCAAAUACAAUUCAUUAACCAAACAAGAACAAGAUUUAUUACCAUGGUUUCCCAAAUACUUGCAAGAUAUUGAAUCGAUCAUUAAUUUGAAUAAAUUGUUCACUCAGGCCCUUGCGGUUAAUAUAGCUCAAGACUGGGGUGUAUCGUCUGAUCCUCUGCAAUGGUCCGUUGCUACUGAUAAGGAGUUUGAUAAAGUCAAGUCGACACUUUUACAAAUAUCAAAGGAAUGGAGUGAUGAAGGGAAAGUGGAACGAGAAAUUGGUUUCAAUAAGAUCCUUGAUGAAUUGAAAACAUUAUACCCUGAUGAAAUUGAACGUCAAAAUAUUAAAAUAUUAAACCCCGGUUGUGGAUUAGGUAGAUUAGUAAUGGAAUUAGUGACAUUAGGAUUUUGGACUCAAGGUAAUGAAUUCAGUUAUCAUAUGUUAUUAGCAUCCAAUUUCAUUUUAAAUCAUUGUUCUUAUGAAAAUGAACAUUCUAUUUUCCCCUUUUUACAUAAAUCAUACAAUAUUGUUAAACGAGCAUUUCAAUUAAGACCAGUUUAUUUCCCUGAUUUGAAUCCGAAUUUGAUCCAUGAAUUAAUGAAAUCAAACCCAAAGAUCCCAUACGAUGAGUUAAUGUCAAUGACUGCUGGUUCUUUCAUUGAUUUAUACGGACCAAAUGAUUUGAAACUAUCGGAUACUUAUACGAAUGAUUCAAUUGCCAAUGAGUUUAGAGUCAAUAAUCAAGAAAAUUUCGAUGUCUUAAUCACUUGUUUCUUUAUCGAUACGGCCAAUAAUAUCAUAGAUUAUCUUAAGACGAUCUACUAUAGUUUGAAGAAAGACGGGGUUUGGAUUAAUUUUGGACCAUUAUUAUGGCAUUUUGAAGAUGAUGAGAAUAUGGAAUUUACCGAUAAGAAAGAUGCUAAUGGUAAGCCAAUUCCAACUAUUAUGAAGGGACUUGAAUUAUCAAAGGAUGAUUUGAUUGAAUUAAUUAAAAAUAUGGGAUUUAAAUUUGAAAAACAUGAAUCAAAUUUCAAAACUACUUAUUGUGGAGAUAAAAAAUCACUUGGAACAUAUAUUUAUGAUUGUGAAUAUUGGGUUUGUAGAAAAGUAUAAAUAAGAUUAUAUAUAUUUAUAAUUAAAUAAGAAAAAACAGCGUUAUAUCUAUUUGAGUAAGUUUAAAUCAAUUGGUUGGCCAGCUUCUACUAUUUCAUCAU